AAGCGUGUGUGGGAAAAUAACCAAUUAGAAUGAGGUUUGACUGUAUAAGCGCCGUACGUACAUAACUCCGCCUAUUGCAAAAAUGAAAACAAACACACGAUUAGAUUUACCGGCGAAGCCGCUUGUUGUCAAGCGCGAAGAGGAAAAUUUCUGAACGAUAACAUAAACGGUGUGUACUGUACUUUGGGUGUAUUUUGAGUAUUUUUGCAUCUGAAUUGUGACUUGGAAAUACAUUAUAACAUUCUUCAAUGAAUCGGAAUCUAUUGACUGUAGAUGAAAUAUAUAUUUUGUAACAGCAGUUGUUACUUUUUUUAAAGAGUGGAAAACAUGUACGGUUCUAGAAGGAUGGCAAAACGCUCCAUCGUUGGCACUAGAGUGGCAGCACCGUGGCAAGAUGGUAUUUUCUAUCCUGGCGUUAUAAAGGACAUUAAAUCUCGAGCUGGUAGUGAAACAGUGUAUACUAUCCACUUUGAAGAUGGUUAUGCCAGGACAUAUCGAGAUGUUGAUAUUGUGGGUCCAUGUUUCCAGCCUGUAUCGAAAGUUCAUUUAAAAUUCAAUCAGACCGUAUUCACCACAUAUAACGGGCGCGAAAUUGCAGGUGUUGUUCAGAAACACCGAAAACAAACGAAUGAAGUGUUGAUUGUUUUGAAGGAUGAGGACGAGACGAUGAUAAAAGUGAAAUUGGACGAUGUGAGGUUGCUAGAGAGCAGGAAAUCUGCCCGCUUGGUGUCAAAUGAUACCGACUAUUCGAAAUUAGCGGACAUAUCCGUUGCCGAAACCAAAAAGCGCCAUGUGUCGAGUACCAUUGAUGUUCCAAGCAGUCCCAAGGCACCAAAAAUAGAUGAAGAACCCACAAUGGAGGACGUGAUGGCUGCUAUGGUGCUGACCUCGCUAUCAUGUAGUCCAGGAUUCAGGAAUGGAGUCGGUGAGCGCUGUCCAUCAAGCCCAUCCAGCCCAGCAAGGCACAGCCUCUCUUCAUCUUGGUCUCCCGCUACUAACACUAAUGCCCCUCCAAGCAGCCUUGGUUCCUCAUCAAGUGGACGGUUUAGUUUUGAUAACACCAGAUGGAUCCCUUCCCCAUCAGCCUCAUCUAACAGUGACCGGGAAAGUCCACAAGCAGCCACAGAAAAGAUGGCAUUUGAUGGUGGUAGUCGGUCGCUUGUGGAACCUGCAUUUGGCCCACCUCCACAGGUGUUCAGUUUGUCUCUGGACGAGGGUAUUGAUGUGUUUGACUGCGGAGCUGAGUUUGAAGUGGAAGAAAAUACCCCACCAAAAAAAAUUAAGGGCUCUAAGAAAUUGUAUCAGUGCCGAUGGAAUAACUGCACGAAGGUUUUGUGUACACGACAAGGAAUUGAAAAGCAUGUUAGAUCAGUACACCUAAAGAGGCCAUUGGAAGAUGAUGAAAGUGAUGAUGGUGAGGAAGAUUUCUACUACACAGAAAUUGAGAGCACAAUAGAUACUGUAUCAGAGGGGUUUGCAAACAUGACAACCUCAUCCCCGCCCCCAACAUUAAGCCAUAUGGACAUGGCCCGACCCCCUCAUGAGGAUCCAAACAUACUAGUUACACCAAAACUACGUACUAUCAGUAUGAACGCAGAGCCAAUGCCAAUUCAUGAUAGAUUUUCUUGGCAGAAAAGCUCUCAGCCAGCAUUCAAGGCCACUUCGGCCCCAGCAGAGAUGACCAUCCACACCCACAAGUUAAGCUUAGUCAAUCAAAGACAACAGCAACAUCAGGCAGCCUCACCAAAAACUAGCGACUUUCACGCACCAAACAGGAUCAGAAGCGAUGGACGUAAAUGCCGGAAGGUCUACGGUAUGGAUAACAGACACAUGUGGUGUACACAGUGCAGAUGGAAAAAGGCCUGCACAAGGUUCAACUAAUUUGGUCAAAAUGUGUGAUAAGAAGUGUUUUUUUGUUUUUUUUGUUAAUAAGAUGGGAACAAUUUAUUUGUUAAUCACCUGGUCUAAUAUUAAAUCUGAAAAUUGUAUUUGGGUAAAAAUGUAUUGGGGUGGGUCAACCAUUUAUCCAUUUUGGAGGAUAUUUAUACUGGUUAUUACUGUAGACUAGAGUAUACAAUUUAUAAAAAAAAAAAAUUGCUUUAAACAUCAAGAUACUCAUAAUAAUUAUAAGGUUUGAAAUAUUGAAUGAGGGUGGGUAUAUUUGGUAGUUUAGUUCCAAUUUUCUUUAUCAAACUGAAUCCUAAAUUAAAUAAAUUUUUUAUGCUAAAAAAUUGACACACCCCUAAACCUUUUUCUAUGCCAGUUGCUUUUCUUUUACUUCGUGUGUGUCUUUUAGCAUUUUUUUUUUAAGAGAAAAUAAUAAAAGAGUAUUCCCAGGUUUCAAAAUACACAGAUAUAUAAAAAACAUUUUUUUUUUUAACUUGGCCUAAUAUUUAAUCGUUCUGGAAUUAACAUUUCCAAGUGAGUUUUCAUUAUUGCCCAAUUUUUAAUAUUAAAAACAUCUUGGGUGCAAUAGCGUACCUAAUAUUGUAUCGUGCUAGUUUAAAAAAUAGUGCAUUAUGAAUGAUAAAACCACCUUUUUAUUUGAAAUUUUGCAUCUAAAUUCAUCUAUAGAAAAUGAAAAAAAUUUUUGUAAAGUAAUAUUUAUUUAGACAUUUGAUUUUAAUAUAAAGUCAAUGAACACAUUGGUACAAAGUUGUACUUCGAUGAUAUUGUUUUCAUAGUCAGCAUUGAUAGAGGUCUAUUUUUAUUACUACAUUGAUUUUCAAGUAGAGAAUCUUAAGGCAUGUUUGAUAGUAUAAUGAGCAUGAACCAAAUAAUUUUGUAUGAAAUCAGUAACAUCAACAUCAAAUCAUUUACAAGGUUAUUUUAAUAUAUACUCAGGACUUGUAACUGUCCAGACAGACUUGCAGGAUUUCUAUGCCAUUUUUUUUUUCUCUCAUUUCUGGGGUUUUUCUUUUUUUUUAUGAAAAAAAUAAAAUUAAAAAUGUAUACUGAUUAAAAAAAAAAGUAGUACUAUUUUAAGUGUUAUAAAUGUAUACCAAUGCACCCACUGUGUAAACAAAAUAGAUGGUAAAUGAUCUCCAAACAACAAAUUUCCCUGCAGAAGGUCUAAGUUUCUGCAUUGAAUUGGAAGUUUGAUCUCUUAUUUGUUUUAUUUGUUAUUAACAUAGAGUGUGUGUAUAAUGUAUUCCCAUAUUGAUCUGUGUCUAUGGAGCAUCUCUUCACACAUUGGUAGAAUACCUCUAUGCACUACAUUCCCAUACUGACACAUGGGCAUGUGUGUAUGUAAUCCCAUAAAAUGUGUAAGCAAGAGACUUAGUAUCAGGGUGGAAUGUGUGAGGCACAUAAAUCUAAAUGAAAGUAACUAAAAAUAACAUAUUGUUGAAGUAGAAGCCAGAGGAAUAGGAUAUAGGCCUAUGUUAAAAGAAACAAAUCAUUAAUAAACUUAAUUAUAUUUAAAUUUUGGUUUGAGAGUACCAUUUCCAGCUGUAACUAUAGUUCAUCUUACCUCAUGCUUAACCAUGGUGGGCCCGAGGUAGCAUUGAAACCCUAUCUGUGAAAGUCCUUCCUUGGGCUCCCUCUAUUUCAAAUUUCUGGAUCUGCCAUUGGUGAUAACCACUGCAGCUAAAUGAAUUGCAAUCUACUGUUUUGUUUUAUGUGAAAGUCACAGUAUCUUAACCAGUUGAUUUCAUCGUAAUCUGGUAUUGAAAUAUUAGAAUUCACAGAUGGAACCUAAUACCAACUACAAUGUUUCUUAAUCUUAGUUACGAUUGGACUUAAUCCUUACUAUAGCCUAGUCUAAUCAAAAUUCUAAGCUUUCCUAAUCCUAGCUAUGACGUAGACUUACAACAUGGCAAAUCAUCUUUUCGUAAAUGAAAUUUUAACUGUGAAUUUUUCUUUGAAAAAUUUAGUUAUACAUACUUAGAUGCCAACAGAAUUUAUUUUUGGUGUGUAAUUGCAAAACAAAAAUUAAAUUUCCUUUUAAUAUAUCUGAUUAACCAUUUUUAUGGUAGGCCUUUUCUAGUUACAAUUUGGAUUUUGAAUCUUUUGUUCCUGGUAUGUUUUAUGGUCAGUUAUCAACAGAAAGACUACCUCAACUGGUAGUAAUUACCUCAAAAUUCUAAUUGAUUCAGCUUGCUGAUGGCUGUUGGUUCCCAAUAUUCUCCUGAUGGGCAGCAACAAAACUAUACAUUUUAACCGCUACCUCCUUUUUAACCUUUGUUCUUAGAGUGAGAUUUUACAGCUUUAUCAUCUUUUAAUUACGUUGGUAAUUAGGGUAAUGGGGUUUUGAAUUUUUUAAAGGGAAUAUUGACAGUUCAUUUAACAGUGCUGGUAAUACCGAGCCAACAUUGAGGCUUGGAGGACAAUAACAAUAAUGUUGAUAAAGUUCAUGAUCCCUCUCUUUGUUAGUCAGUUUUAGGAGGUUUUUCACAUUUGAGAUCUCUAAUUUGGUUCUUUGUGAGGUCUGUGAAGAAACUUCCCCUUUGUCGCCCUACAUGUUUUUGACAUUGUUUUUAGACUGACAAUUCUUUUUCUACUUGUCUAUGAAACGUUUUGUCACUUAUUCACAAUAAUUAUGACUUAGAUUAAAUUAGUACUCUGGCUUAUUAAGGAUCAUUAAUUAAAUACCACCUUUUUUAAAUGCAAGUGUCAUUUUUAAAACUUAUAUCAAUAUCCAGGGAUCCAUUAAUUAUUUUUUAAUUAAACAAAAGAGAAUGAAUAAAGACAGAGACAUUUUGAGAUUCAAUUCAUGUUUUGAUUUAUGUGAUCAUUAUCAAGAAUAUUGAUUCUUGAUAAUGUAUACAGUUUGCACUGCAAUUCGAUACCACCUUUGGGACCUGAAAAUUUAAGAUGGUCAUGGGGUUUGGUUACCAAUUAGAGGGUUAGCUUUGUGUUGAAGAUUGUCUUUUGGUUCUUUAAAAAAAUAGUCUCAAAUUAGAGGGGUCUCUGAAUUAGAGGGGCCUGGAAUAUUUUGAUGAUAUACAGUAAUACUGUGUCCUUGAUAAUGAUCAAAUAUAGCAGAUCAAAACAUUGAUUCUCAAUAUGACUAAUUUAGUGAAGUGGGGUGGGGCACCUGUCUCUUUGAUAGAUUCCAAAACUAGUACCCUGGCCUUUGCACAUCCUGAAAUUCCGGAUUUGACUCAGGAUAGACUUACUUAAACUAGUUCCUCCAUUCUUAAAUUAACUUCAUUCACUUUUCAAAUUAGUAGGAAUUGUCCUUUGCUGGUAUGGCAGAGUAGGCGGAGUCAAGUUUUAUGUCCAUAUAUAGUCGUGAUGUGCUUGUUAUGAUCAUAAUAUGAUGUCAGUAUGACCAUAUUUAGGAAUGUCACGUUUUUGUCGAAUUAAAUUUUGAUAGUGAGGACAUGGCUUAAGAAUUUUAAAAUUAUCUUUUCUCAUUUCUGUUUACUUAUUCAUUGCAUCUGGUGCUCAGGAAACAUUCCAUGGAUAAUUCAACAUAAUACCAAUCAGUUGUGAAGCAAGGUUUUAGGAGUCAUGGAGAAUGAAGGGGGGUGGGGCGGUGAGAGGGAUUGGAAAAGUAAUGUAACUAUAUUCAUGAAAAAAUCAUCGAAUUAUCAUUACAUAACUAUUUGUUAAGGUUAUAAUGUUAUAAAAGUCUUAAAAUGGAAUUUAGGUGCGGAGACCCUGGAAAGUUAUAUUAACAGCACCAUUACUCAGUACAACUGUAUUUAAUAUUUAUUUGUAAAUGUAUUUUAAUAAAAAAAUACAUACAACAAAGUGCAGUCACAUUAAGAAAUUUCUGUUUACAAACUUUAAAAAAUGACAACAGACAAAAUAAUAAAUCUAAGAAAUAGAGUAGCACAUUUUCAAGUUCAUAUUUCAUCUAAGAAGCAUUAUAGACUUAAGGUUAGAGGUUCGUAUUCUAUGCUAUGGUAAGGAGCUUAGUUUGUAUCUGUCUCCCCACCCAAGAUCAAGAAUAUAAUUGUAAGCCUACAUCGGGUAGGAUGCAAAUGAAUGAAUAUACAUGACUUUGAAUGUUCCUCAACCAGCAAAAGUAGCCAGUUGCCAUGUCAACCAUAGAACUUACAGUUUUCAAUCAUUCUAGUACUAUUACUAUAAAUGCAAAAUGUGUUAUUAUUGUUUUUAACUAUUUUUAUCAUAAUUAUUGAUUACUAAUAUUUUAAUUAUUACUUUCAAUAAUAAUAAUAAUAAUAAUGUAUAAAAUAAAUAAUAAUAAACAGAAUAUAGUGCUGACAAACCUUCCAGUCUAAAAUAAACUUCUUUUCUAGUACUGUACUUCUGCAAUGUAGAAAUGAAAACUACAGUCUUUAAUUACUACUAUGAUCUAUUUAGAAACAGUACAGUACUCAAUAUAAACAACAAUUGUUUAACUAUAAAUGUGUAAAGUAUACAUACAUUUUCUAUCACUUUUAUGGGACUGUGAAUAUGUUACUAUUGUACUGUACUUUAAUAAACAGAUAUUGUACAUAAUUAAAUAAUCUUUCAUUGACACACUGAUCAUAUUUAUCUGAUAGAUACUACUGAUUUUAUGCACUGAAUCUCUAGCUUUGUUUGGGAGGCACUUUUAUGAAUUUUUGUCAGGAAGAAAAUUAUUGUUGAGAAUUUAAUGCAGUAUUUUUUAUUUUAAUUGUGUGCUUCUCUAAGAUGGUAUUACUUUAAACUCUACAAACUAGUGUUUAAGUCCAUUUUAUUUUCACCUUGUCCUAUAAAUAAUUUAUUCAAACUUAUACAAAAUAAAUUUGUAAACACAUUUUAGCCCUAGUUAGAAUUUAAAGAUACAUUUUCUUCAGAAACUAACAAUUUUAAAGAUCAUAAAGUAACUUCUGUAAAUUGAAUUUGAGGAAUGGAAUACAUGAUAAUAUUAAUAAUAAUUAUUAAUACAAUUUAAUAAUGAUAUUGCUAUUUAAGGCUUAUAGUUAAUAAAAUAACUGUUAUUUAAAGGUUCUCUAUUAAAUGCAUUAAAGUGAUGUACAUGUCAUUGUCAUAGUGAACUAUUAGGCAUUUUUUAAGUCGGUGGGUGUUUUUAUACAGAGGCUACAGUAUGCAAAACUACAUCCUAGCCAGUAAAUAAUUGGAGAGGCCAGGAUUUUUAAAUUCUCAAAAAACAUAGAAGUAAUCCUCAAAAUUGUUUCACAUGAAAGCUUUAAUUAUUUAAUAAUAAUUUAAAACAAAUACUUUAUACGUUAAACGACUGGCAAAGUAGUGGUACAAGCACAAAAUAAGUAAAUGAAUUAAAUGUUGUAGGUCUUCUUGAUAAUUUGAUUGUAUAUGAUCAUUAAUACUAAUUGCUGCAUAAGUAUUUUAAUUAGGAAUACUUUCAAAGAUCUGUCCAAAUAUACUAAAUGUUUUUCAUUGGAAGUUGUAAAUAACAGAUUUAUAGCAUCUUUUGAACUGGUUUUGGUCAACAGAAAUGUUUGUAGUACAAUCUCUCUUGGUAUUCUCUGGUGAUGAUUUUAGCCAAAUAUUAUUGUUGUUAAGAAUCAUAAGUAUUUAUAUUGUUGUUAUUAUUUUUAUUUAUUAUAGCUAUUAUUAGUUUUAUUAUAUUAUUUUAAAUUAUUGAUCAUAGUAGAUGGAUAUUGUUUAUGGAAUUUGGUAUUGAUACUUAUGAUAGUAAUUUAGAUGGGAUAUUCCAGUAGUAUAGCCUGUAUCAAAAAACUGAAUUCUAUUUAAUGUUUUCCAUUUUUAAAUGUUCUAUUGCAGUUAAAUGUCGGCAUACUCAUCAAGUCAAGAGUAAAUUUGUGCUUGUAACUUAUUUUUGCAUUUAAUUAUCUUUCAAUAAGUAUUUAAAAUUUGGGAUGCACCUUUAUAUUAUGGAAAUAUAAUAGAUGGAAGUUGUUGUAUUGUAAGAUUGAUUGAUAUUAUGUAGACAUAUAUAUUUUAAGUUUUUAUUUCUAUCAUAUUUUUUAAGAAAAAAAAAGAAAACAAAUCCUAAACGCACCGAUUUUAUUUAAAUUUAGAUUUACACUUGAUAUUGACUAUAUGGGAAAAUGUGAGGAAUGGGACAGACAUGUUUAAUGCCAUAUGAAAUGUUCUUUAUUUACCUACACAUAACAAGAUUGAGAAAACAACAAGUGCACUAAAUGAUUUGCUUAAAACCUGAUGUCAUAGACACUAUAUUAACCAUCCUAGCAAUUUGUACAUGUAACUGCACAUUUUUUUGUUGUUCCAGGUAUGGCAAUGUAAUUGUGUCAUAUUAUGCAAUGAACCAUGGCUGAUCGUGUGACCUAAAAUUGACCUCUCCUGAUCUUUUAAUAAAAGUGGGCUCUUAAAACUUAAUCUUAAAUAGCAAUAGACAGAUACAUUUUUCUGCUUUUAACUUAACUUUGUUUAAUGCACAGAAAGGUGCAAGUGUCAAGGCUCAUCAUGGCCCAAAAUUUUUUAGAGCUGACAAGUAUUCUUGGAAAAAAAAAUCACAUUUAUGCCAACAUUGGCAAUCACUCAAUUUUUUUUUAAUGCAGCACUACAAUCUUAAUCAAAGAUAUUCCAUUUUUAUGAAGCUGAAAAUUGAUUAUUAAAAUAUAAGACCAGCUUGUAAAAAAAGCAACUUUAGACUUAAAUAAUCAAUCUAAAUCUCAUACUAAAGUAAAUUUACCUGCGACACAUCGAACAAUAGCAGCAGUUUCAAAGUUUUGCAUCUCAAUCUUGUAAUGUGCAGGUAAUUCAGGAUUCCACAUAGAAUAUUAGCAUACAGGUGUCCAAUAGCAUGUUUUGUAAAUGUGGAUGUAAAUAAUAUAAUUAUCAGCAUGAAUUUAUUGACUGCACAAUGUACAUAUCUUUACUAUUCUAAAUCUUUUUUUCUUCAAUAAAAGUUAAUAAAAUUGA